AUGUUAAAAGAAUUUAUAUCAAAGCAAACGUUGUGUCGCUGGACCCUGUGGAUCACACACAUGCGACUGGCGCUGGUGGACGUGGACGUUGGCUUUGUCCAGGCCGCCUUUGGGUACUGCCGUGGCCGGCUGGCUUCGACAGCAGCACUGCGUGGAAGCCCUCAUGCUGAACUGGACACCGGACCCAGAGCGACGUGUCUACACCCUUCCUGCCACACUGCAAAUGUACGUUCUGCCGCAAAGUUUCUGGCUGCAGGACCCCGUGUGUGUCGAGGUGCCGGGACCUGCCUGGCAGCACAGAGGUGGAGACUCUCUAGGUGCGGCACCGCACUGGGCGGCAUCUGUGCUGGGAUACAGAGCCUGACCAAGACCUGA